AUGGACACAAUAAAUAUCGCCAUCAUUGGAGCCAAUGGCGUCGGCAAGAGUGCCUUCCUGCAGCAGGCUCUGAAGUUGUCCAGGCCCGCCAAUCAGGGCAUCGUCACCUUCAACUGGACCGAGCCCGAUGGCUCCCAGCACACAGUCAACAUGUUCGAGGUUGAUUUGGAGGCCUUUGACCUGGGUAUGAAUGAGCCCAUUCGCUGGCCCAAACAGGCAAACGGGAUGCUGGCCCCUCGCAUCGACGGCACCUUGGUCCUUUACGACGUUAUGAACAAGGACAGCAUUGUUUCACUGCCCCAGACCAUAUCCUCCCUCUCCGUGUCCAAUUAUCCCGUGGUCCUCGUCGCAACAAAAUGCGACAACCCCGAGGAGCUGAGGGAGCUCGACACGGCAAGCAUCGCUGCGGCGUAUCCCUCCGUGGUAGCCAACUUCAACACCUCCCCAGCAGCUCCGAACACCACUAGAGACUGCCUGCAGGUCAUAUUGAGGGCAGUUGUGACCGGCCGGAAAGGAGGUGAUAAGUCGGACGCGGCCAGCCAACGACGGCGUGCCGCCUCGGCCGCAAACUUGGAACCCACGAUGGAUUCACUCAACAACGGCCGACCCGAUUCGGUACAUAGCAAACACAGCAGGGCCAGCUCCGACCUGUCACUUCUGAGAGGCUUCUCGCAGUCAGGCGAGAGGGACAGUUAUUACCGAGGGUCGGCAGCACGCUCGCCCCGAGCAUAUCCAGGCCAGGGGCUGGGGCCGGACGAGGUGAUGAAUCCGACGGUUUCAAGCCAGCUGCGGCAGACGGGCGUACGAUUAGACCUUGGGCCGGAACCUUUCUACGAAGUCGAUGAAUCGGACGUCGAGUCCUUCCGCACCUCGAUGACAGACGACAUGCCGAUACUGCAGCGAAGUGAUGAGAGUUUCAUGGACCGUCAACCCAAAGUGACUGGCGUGGCAUUCGAUGAGCUUGUGGAUAGGCUUCUGGCGCCGAGGAUGACGAGGGCGGACAACAACUUUGCGGACAUCUUCCUGUGCCUGUACCGGAAGUUUGCGGCCCCAGGGCAGCUCUUUGCCGCGAUUCUCACCAGGCUGGAACGGGGGAAGGAGGACAAGUCGGCACACUACCUAAACAAGAAAGCCACGCAGAUGCGCAUAAUCGAGGUAGUGGCCAGGUGGGUAUCUCUUUAUCCUGGCGAUUUUGCCAGGCCGACAACUAAGAAGGUUCUUGAGCGCUUCAUCAACCACCUGGCGAGCGAGCCGGCCUUCAGUGCUGCCGCCGGUCAGAUGAGGGCUCAGUUCGAUACUCAUGUGGUAGAAGAUGAUGAUACGGCAUGGGCGCAAGCGGAUGACCCGCCAGAGGAUUCCAGUACGACCAGCUCGCACAAAUCCCAGGAUCUCGAAUUGCCAAUGGCCUCCUUAAGCGUAGAUGAUCAGCUGUCGGCUGAUCAACGGCGACCCUCACAAGGCUCCGAACUAUCACACGUUGAGCGAGACUACGGGACAGGAGAGACGAACUACCAGUAUCACACAUAUGUGGACUACGAGCGCGAGGCGGCAAGAAUGGUUCCUCAGGCUACACUGCCUCUGAACAAAUUCCGUUAUCACAUCUUCAUGGACACAAAUCCCGAAGACAUCGCCGAAGAGAUCACCCGCAUCGACUGGAUCAUGUUCAGCAGCGUGCGUAUCCGCGACUGGGUGCGGCACGUCAGCCUGUCGGCCGCAGAGAAGGAGCGUUGCCGGUCGCUGAGAAACGCGAACCGCCUGAUCGCACACUUUAAUCACGUGGCUAAGUGGGUGCAGAACAUGGUGCUGAUCCGCGACAAGGCAAAGCACCGCGCCCCAUGCCUUGAGAGGUUCAUGAUCAUCGCACACAAGCUGCGAAAGCUCAACAACUACAACGGCCUAGGCGCCGUCGUCGCCGGCCUGCAGAACGCUAACAUAGCGCGCCUUCACGCGACGCAGGCCCUCGUCAGCAAAGAGGUCUGGAAGCAGUACCAGAGCGCGGAGAAACUAAUGCUGAACACGAAAUCGUCAUUCGCAUACCGUCUUGCGUGGGAGAAUAGCCCGCUCCCUCGAAUACCGUACAUGGCGCUCCACCGUAAGGAUUUGACAUUUGCCGAAGAGGGCAACAAGACACUCGUGGGUCCCAAUGGGGACCGAAUCAAUUGGAAGAAGUUUGAGAUCCUUGGAGAAAUAUUGUUACCAAUCAUGAAGAGCCAAGGGGCGCCGUACCCGAACCUCCUCAAGAAGCACGAGGUCAGCCGGGACUUAAUCCUCGACUGUCGGAUGGAGUUGGAUGAGGAUGCCCUCUACCAGCGCAGCAAGCAAGUCGAACCCGGCAUUGGGGGUGCGGGUGGUGCAGCCGACCUAAAGAAGAAGACGAUGGGUUUUUUAAGGGGAGGGGUCUGA